CGGCCACUGUGCAAGGUCAAGGUUUUUUUUUUUCACGCACAGUUGCCGCCUUCUUUUUGACCGCACAACAGGAGCUACGGUUUCAUUUGUUUGCGAUGUUGUGGUGCAGUUUGUGAAUCUGGCUUUAAAAAACUGAAGGAAUAGUGAGAGAGAUAUGUGCAGUUGAUCUCCAGAGAGGGAGCUGAGCAUGGCUCUGGAGAGCGCGUCACUCCUGAAAGUGGGACUGGUGUUGUUGUUGGCAGCUCUCGUCCUGCCUUCGGUGUCCGCCUGUAAUGGAGGCUUCUACGAGAGGAUGAUCAAUGAUUUUUGCCUGGCUAAGUUCAGGUUCGACAUGGCAGGACUGGACCCUGGCCUGUGGUGUAGCUGGCCCCAUACCACAGAGAUCUACGAAGGUCUUACAAACUGCACCUACCAGGUGGCCUUGAGGGUGGACUGCUUCUGGCCCAAUCAGGUAGUGGAUCGCUUCUUCAUGCAGGUUCAUCGGGUCUACUUCCACGACUGCGCCCUGACCGGCCGGCUCCUCCACGACCCGCCCAUUGGCAUCCUCGCCCCGUUCAUCGCAGUGCCAGUCCUGAUCACGCUGCUCAUGACUGCCCUGGUGGUGUGGAGAAGUAAACGCACAGAGGGGGUUUUAUAAAGUCUGGGUUUUGGAUGGAUGGACUCAUUACAGACAGAAACAAAGCGUAAUAGUGUUUUUUUUUUGUUAAUUUGUUUAAUAAAUGCACUUACUCACUGUUAUUCACCAUAUCAGCUGACAUUUUCCCCCAACAUCACUGAAAGCUGAAAUGUUAAUGUUGUACUGCUGUGCUUUUGUUUUUGUAUGACAAUUGGUUAGAUGUUGCACAGCAAAAGCUUAAGUUGGUGUUAAAUAACUUCCUUGAUAACAUUUGCAUUUGAUUGCGUAACAGGAUAAGAUAGGAAAGGUGCAAUUUCAAGAAAGCGGUCAGCUGGCAAGCAGAUGUUUUUGCUUGUUUUCAUGAAAUUAGUUUUUAGCAUUAACAUUUGAUUGAGUUACAGGCUUACUUUCUGGCUAGCAGUAAUAUAAGCUAACAAAUAAUGUCAUCUAGCUGGUUAGACAGUAGCUCUAUUGUUCACUAGGUAAAUACAGUAUCCUAGCUAGCAGUAGGUUAAUGUUUGCUAGCAAACAGAAACUUUUUUUUACACCUUUCUCUUUCAUACUUUAUUAAUCCCUUGCUAGCUUACGUAUUGUUUGCUAGCAAGCUGCUGGCUUUGCAUGUGUUGAAUAUGUUCAGAGAUAACAUUUGAUUGUGAUGAUACAUUAAAAGGUGUAAUUUCUAGCGAGCAGAAAUGUUAGCUAGCUGUCAGGAAAGUUAUCAAGCUAAUAGUGUUUUUGUUGGCCAAUUGUUGUGCUUUUUUCUUGAAAUGUGUCGCAUGCUAACAUUAGCUGUUGUGAGCUUGCUUUUCAUACCAAACAAACAUUUUAACUUCAAUGUGACCAGAAACUCCUCAAGAUUUGUAUGAUCCAUUAUCCAGUAAGUUGAUUAUAAAUUAAGGAGCAUUCAAAUGAGGGCUGCUUCCCAUGAAACAUGUGGGUGUGACUUCAGAGUAAAAUGGCCACUUUGUAAAUUUUGUGCAUUAGAUGAAAAACUGACUGCAGCUGUUUGACCGAACUGUAAUAAUAUGUCAUAAAAUCUCUAUUUGGUAUAAAAUGA